AGGAGGGACAGCAGCAGCAGCAGCAGCGCGGCGCAAACAGCCUCCGCCGCGAGCCUGCCCAGCCCGGCCGCGCCGCCUUGACAAUCUCCAGCUCUCCUAAGCGCAGCGCCGUGGAAACCUGGAACUCUUCUAAACUUGGCGGUAGGCGGAGAAGCAGCCCCGAGCCGGGGACGGACGAGGGGGGGCACUCCGGCUCCUCCCGCCCUCCGCCCCCCUUCCCGGAUGGGCUGAAGAAGAAGCUGCUGCCGGCUGGGCGAGGGGGCGAGCGCUCCGCUCUGCGCCCAGAGGGUCCCCCGCGGGCGCGUCCGGGGCGCCGGGAGAGGACGCCGCGCCCUGGAGUGCCGCUGGGCCAAGAGCCCGACGAGGGGGCAGCAGAAGGGGGCUCCCCAUGUCCGGGGCCGGCUAGGAAGACCGUCACCUGCCGCACGCCGCCUCGAGCCCCUCCAGCGCCCCGCAGGCGGGCCAUGCCGGGCUGAUCGCCUUCGGGGCUCGCCCCUCUCCAUGCCGUGAGCGCCCCCGCUUUGCGCCUAGCGCCAUGGCCGGGGUGCCCGGCGGGGAUCGGUCCAACUCCAUGCUCUCUCCGCCGACCGUCCCAGGCGGCUGCGAAGCCCAGCCGGUGGAGUUCGUCGCUCUCACCGCCGUGCAGACGGAGAAGAGCGAGGGGGCCGCUCCCGCCGGCAGUCCCAGGCGCUUGGGGCUCCUCGGGACGCCCUUGCCGGCUCCCCCGGGGGGCUCCGGGGCCCGAUCCGCGUCGCACAAGCGCUACCGCCGGCUCCAGAACUGUCUUUACAACGUGCUGGAAAGACCCCGAGGCUGGGCGUUCAUCUAUCACGCGUUCAUAUUUCUCCUGGUCUUCAGCUGUCUCGUCCUGUCUGUGUUUUCAACCAUCCCAGAACACCAGAAAUUUGCCAAUCAGUGUCUCUUCAUCCUGGAAUUCGUCAUGAUUGUGGUUUUCGGAAUGGAAUACAUCAUCCGGGUCUGGUCGGCCGGCUGCUGUUGCCGCUACCGAGGCUGGCGGGGACGCUUCCGAUUCGCCCGGAAACCUUUCUGUGUCAUAGACUUCAUCGUCUUCAUCGCCUCUCUGGCUGUCAUUGCCGCCGGCACCCAGGGGAACAUCUUUGCUACCUCGGCACUGCGCAGCAUGCGCUUCCUGCAGAUCCUGCGCAUGGUCCGUAUGGACCGCCGUGGUGGCACUUGGAAGCUCCUGGGCUCGGUGGUCUAUGCUCACAGCAAGGAGCUGAUCACCGCCUGGUACAUUGGGUUCCUGGUCCUGAUCUUUGCCUCCUUUCUCGUCUACCUGGCGGAGAAAGAUGCCAACACCGAUUUCCUCACCUAUGCAGACUCUCUGUGGUGGGGCACAAUCACACUCACGACUAUUGGCUACGGAGACAAGACCCCCAAGACGUGGCUGGGCAGGGUGCUGGCAGCCUGCUUUGCCCUGCUGGGCAUCUCCUUCUUUGCUCUGCCUGCGGGGAUUCUGGGCUCAGGGUUUGCUCUGAAAGUCCAAGAGCAGCAUCGGCAGAAGCAUUUUGAGAAGAGAAGGACGCCGGCAGCCAACUUGAUCCAGGCUGCAUGGCGGCUCUAUUCGACAGACAUCACCCGGGCCUACCUGACGGCCACCUGGUGCUACUAUGACAGCAUCCUCCCAUCGUUCAGAGAGCUGGUCCUUAUGUUUGAGCCCUUGCACCGAGCUCACAACGGAGGGCUCAGGAACUCUGAGGUGAGGAAGUUCCCCGAAGGAGCUCCACCGCCGUAUCACUUCUUCACCUCUGGCCCGAAAGCCGUCAGUCCUCCUAAUUGCUCAGGGGAAAGCUGGAAAGAAGAUGAAGCCCCACCACCCCACAAGUGUUUACGCCUAAGCAAUAAAAUGGGCAUCAAGGACCGCAUCCGUUUGAACAACUCUCAGCGGCAAAGCAGCCGGGGGAAGCAGCAUCUGGUCCCACCCCUGCGCCGCUCUCCCAGCACAGAGAACGUCCACGAGGCUGCCAGCCCCACCAAAGUGCAGAAGAGCUGGAGCUUCAACGACAGGACCAAGUUCCGGGCCUCAUUGAGGCUGAAGCCCCGGACACCGGUGGAGGUCGAUGGCCCCGCAGAGGAGAGCAACGAGGAAAAAGCCUACCAGUGCGACCUGACCUUUGAGGACAUCAUGCCAGCCGUGAAAACUCUCAUCAGGGCUGUCAGGAUCCUUAAGUUCCUGGUGGCUAAGAGGAAGUUCAAGGAGACGUUGCGGCCCUAUGACGUCAAGGACGUGAUCGAGCAGUACUCGGCCGGCCACCUAGACAUGCUCGGCAGAAUCAAGAGUCUCCAAACACGGGUGGAUCAGAUCGUGGGCCGCGGCGCGAUCGCCAUUGACAAGAAGGUGCGGGAGAAAGGGGAGAAGGUGUCCCUGGAGGUGGAGCUGGUGGACGAGUUCAGUAUGAUGGGCCGAGUGGUCAAAGUGGAGAAGCAGGUGCAGUCCAUUGAGCACAAGCUGGAUCUGCUGCUGGGCGUCUACUCACAGUGCCUGCGGAAGGGCUCCGUCAACUCCCUUAGCCUGGCAGCCAUGCCGAUCCCCACGGGUGAACAUGACAUCACUUCGGACUACCACAGCCCCGUGGACCAUGAGGACAUCUCCGUCUCUGCUCAGACCUUGAACAUCUCCCGGUCGGCUAGCGCCAACAUGGACUAAGAUGGUACCCGGUCGAGCCAUUGAAUCGUCACACACCAGCCAUACUGGAGAGGGGAUCUUUCUGCUUCCAGGGCAGGAAGGUGGGUACCCCCAGACCUCCCCGACUGCUCUAACAGACAGUGUCCCGACAAGCCCAACCCUUCUUCGGCUUCACCAUGUUGGUGGGGCCUCAACGGAGACUGUUCUCUCAACGCAAUGCAACGAUCGCCUCAACUUUACUUGAAGUCUUCCAACUGCGGACAAAGCCACUAACACUGGACGUUGCCAAGGAUGAGCUGGAUGCAACACCCACCCCCUGUGGGGUUGCCAUGGCCACUGAUGUGGCAUUUUCAACAUUAGUGUUAAUGGCGGGACCCGGCAGCCAUCUUGAAGAAAUCUCCCUGGAGUUUUGUCCUGGGAAUUCAGAUGGUCAGGCGCUAACCUGGGUAAGCAGCCUUCUCCAGGGCGGGAAAGCUUGUUAACCUAAAGCAAAUUGCAGAGGGCUCCAUCCUUUUCCCUGCUCAGCCUUCUAGGAACAUCUCUUCUGGUUCUCUGCUAGGUGGGGUGGGUGCCUCCAGCUUUGUAGGACCACCUUGGCCUUUGACUCUGAGUGAUGACCCUCUGGUCAAGCAAACACCACAGGUGGCUCGGUCCCUUGUCCGCCACUGACUUUGGACAUCUACCUUCUGGAAACCCAGGUUGAAGAUGUUUAUUUACAGCUAUGCAAAAGCUAGAUUGCCCUCCCUUCCCUAGUGCUCAACAAGGGACAUUGCGACUUGAAUGAAUGUGGAUUCUCUCGAAGAAAAUGGCCUAGCAAUGCCUGACCCUGCUCUUGGCAGCCUUGAAACACCUUUGUUGGUCUCCUUUUUAUCUCCCCACCCUCCCGGUAGUGGGCAUUGCUCUGUGGCCCAAAGAUCAUAAGCACAGUGGAACCUUCCACACAGGGAACUUGUUUCCUGUGGGUGGGACAACAUUAUAUGCAACAACCUUGAAUAUGCAACCUGAAAUCAGCCCUGACACACUCUAGUGAUAGACAAGGAGCUCCUCCUCUGCCUAGGAAACUGGCAGGUUCCUUGGGCAAUCUUUUCGUCUUGAUCUGCUCAGGAAUCCGAUUGGCCGGGAGCAGGAAUGUUCCGGGCGACCUGAGUGGAACAUUGCAUUCUGCUCUUAGGGGAAGAGCCAGUCAUAGCCCCAAGGGAGUUGCAUCUCCCCUACAUCCAGGGGCAUCAGAGUCACAUGGAGGCUGGUUCUGAGGUGGGGACCUUGGUGGAGGAAAGUAGGGCGCUCUGUAGUGUAGCUUUAGAUCCCGCAAGCCACCCAACCUAACCUCCUCCUUUGCCAGCAGAUGAGCCAUGGAUGAUCUAUGAUCCCCACCUCUCAUUUUCCAGAAGGCACCCUACAACCACACUCUUCUGCCCAACUCACCAGAAACCUGGCUCCAUCAUCCAUCCUUUCUCUAUCAGCUGCCACCACGGGCAUGGUUCCAUCCAGACCCCAUGUCUCCAGAUCUCCCCCUCAUCCAAAUCUUUGCCAAUUCGCCUUGACUUUUGCUGCUGCUUCAUCUUCAUUCUAACAGCCGUCCAUUGCUAGACCUCAGUCUUGAGUGGACUUUCCUGGGGAAGCUCAGUGACUCAAGCCUUCUCCCCACAUUUUGCGUUUUCAGGUGUUUUCCUAGAAAAAAGCAUUCUUAGAGGCACACCUAGGAACUGUCCUGUGUGAGCGAGUGAGUGGGUUUGCUUGGAAAUGCACAUAGAAUAGAGGUGUACUCCCAGGAAAGCCUGAAUUGGCUGCAGGAUGUGUACUCAGUCACAAACCUGGAUUUGCUGCUGCAUUAGGGCAGUUCACACAACCAACAUGAGGGCAAGAGAAGACUCCUACCUUAAUUCAGGAGCUGGGCAUGGUCCCGAUUUCCAAUCCUGCGUCCCAUAAAAACAAGGUUGGAAGCAGGGAGCUUUAUUAUCAGUCAGGCCCCCAGCUGUUCCCCCAGGAAAGUUUCCCCGCCGACCUUGUUCAGGAGCUGGGGAUGGAAUCUGAGUAUGGCAUGCUUCUCCUACCCAGCUGGGGUGUGGCAGACAAUCCGGACCCCCAUCUGCUGCCUUGUUUUUCAUCUAACACACGAUCGAAAAUCGGGAGCCCAUCCAGCUCCGAUCCGAAUGUCAAUUGUGUGAAUCGCCCUAUGUGGAGCAGACCCAGGUUUUGGUUUCCGCUUGGCUAUCUUUGUUUGGUUUGGACUUCUCUUUUGUUAGCCAAGAGCCAUUCAGAAUUACUUGCACUGAAUCAGGGGGGUAGUCAUUGCUGAAAUGGCUUAUUCCGGUUCCUCCCCCCACCCCGCCCAGUCUCUGCUCAGCUGUUGGAUUGUGCCACCUUUUCCUCCCCCUUGGUUGGAUCUUCCAUUCUCUUUCAAUGGGACCGUCUCUACUGUCAUCUUCUCUACUCACCACCUUCAUCAGAUACCAAAGGAGGGGAAAGAGUGAAAACUAGAAGGGCACCCCUUCCCUUCCUGCUCAGAGCCACCAGGACCCCCGUGGUUGGGUUGUCCCACAGAAAGGCCCCAGGGAUCAGAUUUGGGAGCAAGGCCCCGCUUCACCCCCCACCUCCGUAGGGUGCAUGCCACCAGCCCCUCUCUCCUUGCAUGCUCUUGCAUGUGUCUUGAGGAAUGGGCUCAAUCUGUUCUUGACCUGCCCACCCGCCUGCACUGAGCCACAUGCCUCCUCCCCCAAACGCUGCACUGAACAUGGCGUCUUCUACACACCCGUCUUCCAUCCAAGACGAGACGCCUUCAA